AUGACGGGAUACUCACCAUACCCCCCGUCCUCAAUGUCGGAUCCGAGACUGGCUCCUCCGAUAGCGCUGUCCCAUGGUCCGCCACACGCUGGUGUCAAGCRACUGGCUCCUCCUCAUCCUCACCCUGCCGAGACGCCAGCGAAGAAGAAGCAGUCCAAGUGGACUGGUGAUGAGGAUCGAUCGAUCAUUGAGCUGCGAGGGAAUGGCAUGAAGUGGGWGGACAUCUCAAAGCACCUACCGGGGCGCAGUGCCAUCAGCUGCCGUCUUCGCUUCCAAAACUAUCUCGAGCGUCGCUCGGAAUGGGACGAGGAGAAGAAGAACAAGUUGGCACGGCUUUAUGAGAGAUUUAAAAAGGACAUGUGGGAGAAGAUCUCCAAGGAGAUGCAACUACCCUGGCGAGCGGCAGAAGCCAUGCACUGGCAGAUUGGCGAAACCGAGAUGGCCCAACGAGCAAAUGUCCCCGUCUUUCACCUGGCAGGACAGCAAGCCUCCGGGCCUGGACAGACGGGUGUGGGAUCGGAAGGACGGCCCAGCACGYCGCCGUCAUCGGGCAAUCCUCUCCCUCCCGGGAUGGCAUACACUCACGCCCACAGUCUUCCUCACGUCCCGCAACCUCUAGCCCACCCAAUAUCUCCAGCACAGACGAGGUUUCGACGGAGUAGUGACGAAGACUCUCCCAACGGCGGACCCUAUCUACGACGGAUGCGCGCGGACUCGGCUCGAUCGGUCCCUGCAUCGUCACUCUCGAGAGCACCAUUACCACCUCUAAUGGACGUCAAUGGCGGCCAUCACCAGCCGCCUGCGAGAUACACCCUACCGCCUGUCAUGACAUCAGAUGGUGGGAGAAGAUGA